AUAAAGACAAAUGAUGCUUACGAACGUGUGAGUCGAACUUUAGCCGAAAACGAGGAAGACAAGCAGGCUUUUAAUUGGAGUAAGUGUUCCUUCAACGAGACCGAGACGUUUGCAUGCUUAAGAGUUACCGCAUCAUGUCGUCUCUUGUGCAGAUUGACGGCAGUUUGGGUGAGGGUGGUGGACAAGUUUUGAGAAUUGCUCUUAGCUUGAGUACGCUUUAUGGAAUCCCUAUUGAAAUAAAAAAUAUACGUGCUGGAAGGCCUAAGCCCGGCCUUGCAGCGCAACAUUUGAAAGGUUUGGAACUGGUAAAAGAAAUGUGCAAUGCCCAAGUUCAAGGUGGAUAUAUAGGAUCGACACACUUGGAAUUUCGUCCAGGUCCAUUAAACAAAAACAAGAGGACAUUUGUAGCAGAUACACAAACUGCUGGAUGUAUUUGCUUACUGGCGCAAGUGGCUCUACCAUGUGCUCUCUUCUUUCCAUAUAAUGAUGCAGUCACACUUAUUCUUAUGGGUGGUACAAAUGUUCCCAUGGGACCACAAAUAGAAUAUCUAACGGAAGUAUUCAAACCAAUGUUGAAUAAAUUUGGAGCAGACUUUGAUUUUGAACUCAUGAAGAGAGGAUAUUAUCCAAAGGGAGGAGGCAGAUUGCAUUUACAUAUAAAACCGGUCAGUAAUUUAAAUGCAGUUACCUUAAUCAACCAAGGACUUCCCAUAGAAAUAACAAUGUGGUCUUACGUGGCUGGAUCAGUUCACAUAAAUGAAGCACAAAGAAUGGCUUAUGAUGCUCAAGCGAUUUUAAAUAAUAAGUUAAUAGAAAGCCACAUUCAAGUACCACCAUUUACAACCGAGGCCUAUAAAGAAGAUAAAACAAUGACUGUUGGAAACGGCUCUGGUAUAAAUAUAGUGUGUAAGACCAAUACGGGAUGCGUUCUUGGCGGUUCUGGCUUAGGUUCCGGGCGUCGAGAGGGACCGUCGCCAGGUAAAACAGCGGCUGAUGAGAUUUUAAAAUCACUUCUAGCAAGAGCGUGUGUCGACGAGCACACACAAGAUCAGAUGAUAAUUUUAAUGGCACUGGCAAAAGGUGUCUCGCGGAUUAAUAUUGGAGACAUGAAGCUCACUUGUCACACAGAGACCGCUAUGCAAGUCGCGGAGAUAAUGUUAGGUAAACAUGGACUUCGUUUCAAUUUGUCGAAAAGCACUGAAAGUGAAUAUCCCUCAUACAUCUUAGAGUGCCAAGGAUGUGGACUGAUUAACGACAAUCUGAUUAAACAAUGACUAUACAAUUUAUAAUUUAUCGUUGCAUAUAUGAUUAAUAAUUCCGACAUUCUUGUUUUUCUCAUUUAUUAAAUGUUUUAUUGAUUCUGUUGGUUUUUGCACGUUAUUGUUGCAAGUUGCAACAUCGAUAUUCACACAUACUUUCAUAAAUUUUCAAUAGUAUAUCUAGACUUUUAUAAGAAUAUUAAAAUCGUUUAAAUAAUACAGUUCAUUAACAAGCAUCAUAAUAUAUACAAUAUGCUGUAAUGUUUGCUAAAUUAUGAUUGUUCAAUGUACUGUAUCAUAAAGUUAAUGGACAUCAAGCAAAAAGUUUUUAACCAACUAAAUAUACAGAUUUAUCACA